UUUCGCCCAUUAGCCCAGCUGGGCAGAUAACACUGAGUCUGAGCGUCAUCUCUCUCUCCGCCGACUGAACAGGGAACUGCAUCGGCUGGGAUCCGCCUCUGGAAACGCUGGAUAGGUGGGAUGAAUCCAGGCCUCCCUGCUAUCCCAGCCUGCUGAACAGCGACUAAUUAAUACUGCUUCAGCCUGCGCUGACUUGGAGUGUAAACAAAUCAUAUCAAUCAUGGCAGCAGACUCUAUGGAAAUUGAUGAUGCUUUGUAUAGUCGCCAGAGGUAUGUUCUUGGAGACACGGCAAUGCAGAAGAUGGCUCAGUCCCAUGUAUUCCUGAGCGGUAUAGGUGGCCUUGGUGUGGAGAUUGCCAAAAAUAUAAUUCUGGCUGGAGUAAAGGCUCUUACAGUUCAUGACACCAAGCAGUGCACAAAAUGGGAUUUGGGGAUCAACUUCUUCAUCCAUGAAGAUGAUAUUAGCAGUCAAAGGAGCAGGGCUGAGGCUACACUUCAUCGCAUUGCAGAACUCAAUCCGUAUGUCCAUGUAGCAGCAUCAGUUGUGCCACUAGAUGAAACCACAGAUCUGUCUUUUCUAAAGCAGUACCAGUGUGUCAUAUUGACUGAAGUAAGCCUGCUGCUGCAGAAAAAGAUUAAUGACUUCUGUCAUGCUCAACAGCCACCUAUUAAGUUCAUCAGUGCAGAUGUAUAUGGAGUGUGUUCACGUUUGUUUUGUGACUUCGGUGAUGAAUUUGAAGUGCUGGACACAACGGGAGAGGAGCCAAAGGAGAUCUUCAUUUCAAAUAUAACGCAAUCAAAUCCUGGUAUUGUCACUUGCCUUGAAAAUCAUCCACACAUGCUUGAAACAGGGCAGUUCUUAACCUUUCGGGAAGUAAAUGGAAUGUCAUGCUUAAAUGGAUCCACACACCAAAUAACAGUGGUGUCACCUUAUUCCUUCAGCAUUGGUGAUACGUCAGAUAUGGAGCCUUACUUACACGGAGGCAUAGCUGUCCAAGUGAAGACACCCAAGAUGUUUUACUUUGAACGGUUGGAGAAGCAGAUAACAAAUCCAUUAUGCCUUGUUGCAGAUUUUAGCAAGCCUGAGGCACCUUUGCAGAUCCAUGUUGCCAUGCUUGCCUUGAACCACUUUCAGGAGAGCUUUGGUCGUGGACCAAAUAUUGGAUGCCUCCAAGAUGCUGAGGAAAUGCUGAAAAUAGCCAUGUCUAUAAGUGAAACACUGGAAAACAAACCUCAGGUGAAUGGAGAUGUAGUGAAAUGGCUGUCUAGGACUGCUCAGGGAUUUCUAGCUCCUCUGGCUGCAGCAGUAGGUGGUGUUGCAAGCCAGGAAGUCUUGAAAGCAGUAACAGGAAAAUUUUCUCCAUUGCAGCAGUGGCUGUAUAUAGAUAUGUUAGACAUAGUAGCACCUCUAGAAAAGAUGGGAUCUGAAGAAUUUCUCCCACGGGGAGAUAGGUAUGAUGCCUUGAGAGCUUGUAUUGGAGACUCUCUGUGCCAGAAGCUGCAUGAUUUGAAUAUUUUCUUGGUUGGCUGUGGAGCAAUAGGCUGUGAAAUGCUAAAAAACUUUGCACUCCUUGGUGUUGGUACUGGGCAAGACAAAGGAUUGGUUACAAUUACAGAUCCAGACUUGAUAGAGAAAUCCAACCUGAACAGGCAGUUUCUUUUUCGACCUCAUCACAUACAGAAACCUAAAAGCUAUACUGCAGCAGAAGCAACUCUGAACAUCAAUCCUUACUUAAAGAUUGACUCAUAUAUUAAUAAAGUUUGUCCAGCCACUGAGAGCACAUACAGUGAUGAAUUCUAUACCAAACAAGAUGUGAUUGUGACUGCUUUGGAUAACAUUGAGGCAAGGAGAUACAUUGAUAGUCGUUGUGUAGCAAACCUGCGUCCUCUUAUAGACUCUGGAACUAUGGGAACGAAAGGACACACAGAAGUUAUUGUGCCACAUCUGACAGAGUCCUAUAAUAGUCAUCGGGAUCCACCGGAAGAGGAAAUACCUUUUUGCACCUUGAAGUCUUUCCCAGCUGCCAUUGAGCAUACGAUACAGUGGGCAAGAGAUAAGUUUGAAAGUUCAUUUUCUCACAAGCCUUCAUUGUUUAACAAAUUCUGGCAAACCUAUGCAUCUGCAGAAGAAGUUUUACAGAGAAUAAAAUCAGGGGAGAGCUUAGAAGGCUGUUUUCAUGUUAUUAAAACACUCAGUAGAAGACCCCGAAGUUGGACUCAAUGUGUAGAACUAGCAAGAGUAAAGUUUGAGAAGUAUUUUAGCCAUAAGGCUCUUCAGCUCCUUCAUUCAUUUCCCCUUGAUACACGAUUAAAAGAUGGAAGUUUAUUUUGGCAGUCACCAAAGAGGCCACCUUUCCCAGUGAAGUUUGAAUUUAAUGAUCCUUUGCACUAUGGUUUCAUUGUGAGUGCAGCAAAACUCUUUGCAACAGUGUACUGUGUUCCUUUUACAGAAAAGGAUUUAUCAGAGGAAACUAUCUUGAAGAUUAUUUCAGCUAUGAAGGUACCAGAGUUCAGACCUUCAAACAAAGUUGUACAGACUGAUGAAACUGCAAGAAAACCAGAUCAUAUUCCAGUCAGCAGUGAGGAUGAAAGAAAUGCUAUUUUCCAGCUGGAGAAGUCUAUACUAUCCAAUGAAGCUCUGGAAAAUGAUUUGCAAAUGAAGCCCAUUUCCUUUGAAAAAGAUGAUGAUAGUAAUGGGCAUAUGGAUUUCAUAACAGCAGCAUCAAACUUGCGAGCCAAGAUGUACAACAUUGAACCAGCAGAUCGGUUCAAAACAAAACGCAUUGCUGGAAAGAUUAUUCCUGCGAUUGCAACAGCUACUGCUGCAGUGUCAGGGCUGGUUGCACUGGAACUCAUCAAAGUUGUUGGUGGCUACCCAGCUGAUGCAUACAAGAACUGUUUUCUGAAUUUAGCCAUUCCCAUAAUGGUUUUUACAGAAACUGCUGAAGUAAGAAGAACAGAAAUCAGAAACGGGUUGUCAUUUACAAUCUGGGACAGGUGGACAGUUUAUGGGAAAGAGGAUUUUACUCUGUUGGACUUCAUAAAUGCUGUCAGAGAGAAAUAUGGAAUUGAACCAACUAUGGUUGUACAGGGAGUCAAAAUGCUGUAUGUUCCUGUGAUGCCAGGUCAUAUUAAAAGAUUAAAGCUGACGAUGCAAAAGCUUGUGAAACCAUCAGCUGACAAGAAGUAUGUAGAUUUGACAGUGUCAUUUGCUCCAGAGACCGAUGGAGAGGAAGACUUGCCAGGGCCACCAGUGAGAUACUACUUUGUUCAGGAAGACAAUUGAUGGUAGAGACAAAAGUCACUCCUGGACCAUUUGUUCUGAAAGGAGUGUGCUAAUUUUCAGCUAUUAAAGAUGGUACUAUAUAUUUCUUUUUCGUGAAGCCUUAAUUAAAACAAAUGGUGAAAAUCAGUGGCUUUGCACUGAAGACAAACUG